GAUUACGCCAUCGCAGAGAAGAGCUGGAAGAAGAGCGAGAGCUCAAGCGCGGUUCAAGUUCCAUUUGCACAAGAAGGGGUUGCGCAUUUUGGACAACACAGGAUUGCAGAAGCCAUGACGACGCACAAGAAGCCGGCAUGGAAAUGCGCAGACUGCAGAAGGCUCAUCAAGGGAAACGACAUGUUCUGUCCGGCCUGUGGACAAUUUUGGGAAGACUGUGUGGACAAUGCGUACCAGGAGACGGCUGCAUCGUCAUCUAUGCGCUCACAGACCCCUUCCAGGCAUACGAGCUAUCGCAGCUAUACCCAAGGGAACGACUACUGGGAUGGAUGGCACAGCCACAGGGCAUCGAGUGCGAGUCCCAGGAGCAGGCAGCAAAAGCCCAAAUCUCAAAGGACGCGACAGGGAGAAGGCAAAGGAAAAGGCGGCAAAGGCAAGGGCAAAGGGAACAAGUCGCAACCGGCUCCCUUACAGGGAAUGGGGCAAGAGGGAAUGGCACCUCUGCCGCCACCACCAAUGCCACCGCCAUCUGGACCCUCGGAAUCAUGGAUGCAGUUUGCAGUGCCUUAUCAUGCCGCUGGAGGACCGCCCCAAGAGACACCUAUGAAUGCCCCCUCAUUGGCGGAGACCAAAUUGAAGGAGGUCAUGGGCAUCCUCAAGAAGAACGAGACGGAGCUCCCAGCGGAGGUUGCAGCUGUGAUGAAAGACAACAAAGUCAACGAGGGGAUGCAGAAGAUACAAGGAAUGCACGAAGCAGUGGAGGAGCUUGGAAACGCGCAGCAGCGCUUGGAGCAAGUUUGCUUUGCCAGGGCGCAGAACCUUGCUUCAUGGAGGCAGUUCCUUCACCUCUCUGUACAACGAUGGCAAGAAUAUACACAGAGAUUCCAAGGUCAGGAGAAGCACAACUUGGAACAGAUUGCCAAGGCCAGAGACGACGUCAAGAGAGCUCAAGCGAUCUUCAAGGAGCUACAAGAUCGGGGUGUCAUCACGGUCGAAGCGGACGAAGAUCCAGAAUUGAUGGACGAUGCACUCAUGAACACAGAGAGCUCCAAAAAGAUCGAAGAUGGACUCACCCAUCUGACGACGUCUCUGGGAGAAUUUGCUCAACAAGCAGAUCUCGAACAUGCUGCUGCCGAAGAACAACAAAAGAAACGACAACGCAAGGAUGUCCAGGCGGAGCCAACGCCGACAGGCUCCAAGCCCUUAGCUGCGCCAUCGAUGCAGCCUUUUGCUUUGGGAAGUGGGCACAAUACCUUGGGCACCAUGGAUUUUGACACGGAACUUCGGGACGAUCGACCGGCGCACAGACGAUCACCAAGUUUCUGUGAGGAUGUGGAAGUUUUUUGCGGCAUCGAGGACAGCAUUCAGAUG